UUUAGUGUGAUUCGGCCAGGGUAAACAAUGUCGCUUGGUUUGACAGCCGGCCGACGGCUGUUCUCUUAUCGGCACUGCUUACUGCAGUCUCAAACCAGUGUAUCAGAAAACACCGCCAGAAGUGCAGCUCUGGAAAAUGUGCUGUCAGUUUUCAGAUCUAUAUGUGGUGAAGAUGGAGUCUCCUUAAGUGAAGCUGUCAGAGAGCAGCACGGCAGGGAUGAGUCUGUACACAGAUGUUGUCCCCCAGACGUGGUGGUGUUCCCUCGAUGUGUGGAGGAGGUCAGCGCCCUGGCUAAGGUCUGCCAUAACAGCAACCUUCCCAUUAUCCCCUUUGGUACUGGAACUGGCUUGGAGGGAGGGGUUGGAGCAGUUAAGGGAGGUGUGUGUUUCAGUCUGAGAAACAUGGACCAGGUUCUGGAUCUCCACCAGGAGGACUUUGAUGUGACAGUGGAGCCUGGCGUGACACGGAAGGCCCUCAACGCAUACUUGCGUGACACCGGCCUUUGGUUCCCUGUUGAUCCUGGAGCAGAUGCUUCCUUGUGUGGUAUGGCUGCAACCAGUGCAUCUGGUACCAAUGCAGUACGUUAUGGAACAAUGCGGGAAAACGUUUUGAACCUGGAGGUUGUUCUGGCUGAUGGGGCCAUCAUACACACAGCAGGAAAGGGCCGACGUCCCAGGAAAACAUCAGCUGGCUACAACCUGACAAACCUGUUUGUUGGGUCAGAGGGAACACUAGGGAUCAUCACCAAGACUACCUUACGAUUGUACGGUAUGCCAGAGGCCAUGGUGUCUGCUGUCUGCUCUUUCCCCUCUGUCCAGGCUGCAGUGGACAGUACAGUGCAGAUUCUACAGGCAGGAGUUCCCAUUGCUCGUAUUGAGUUCCUGGACGAUGUGAUGAUUGAUGCCUGUAAUAAGUACAGCUCACUGUCCUACCCUGUGACCCCGACUCUGUUCCUGGAGUUCCACGGCACAGAGCGAAGCCUCGAGGAGCAGGUCAACACAACAGAGGAAAUCACUCAGAGUAAUGGUGGUGCAGAUUUUCAGUGGGCUACUGAUGCAGAAACACGGAACCGCCUGUGGAAAGCUCGCCAUGAUGCCUGGUAUGCUGCCCUGGCUAUCAGACCUGGCUGCAAGGCAUAUGCUACAGAUGUGUGUGUCCCUCUGUCUCAACUGCCUCAAAUCAUUGUGGAGACAAAGGAGGAUCUGAUUGAGAACAAACUCACAGGUCCCAUAGCAGGCCAUGUGGGCGAUGGUAACUUUCACUGUCUAAUGGUAGUUGACCCCAGGGACCCAGAGGAGCAGCACAGAGUGCACCUGUUCACUGAGAGACUGGCCAGACGGGCUCUGGCUAUGGACGGUACAUGUACAGGCGAGCACGGCGUGGGCUUGGGGAAGAGAACGCUGCUUUGUGAGGAGAUGGGACCCAUAGCUAUGCAGGUCAUGCAUGGACUCAAGAACACCCUCGACCCAAAGAACCUGAUGAAUCCUGAGAAAAUCUUGCAGCCUGUUGAACUAUAAGCUGUUUUUUCUCAAAUGGCAAAGUUGCUAAACACUUAGCACUGAGUAACAUGUUCUGCUCUCUGUUUAUGGCUUGAUCAAAGACUCAUAUUAAAGUGAAACAACUUUCUGAAAGUUGUUUGCACUGAAUUUAGGCUUUUUUUUUGUUUCAACAGAACCAGCAUAACUACUAAGUCAUGAACACUAAUAGGUUGUUAGUUUUACAGUUAAACAAACAAGAUGGUUUCAUUCAACAGUCUUUGCUUUCCACCACAUAUAUUUAUUUCAAUGAAAUGUAUAGUUAGAGCAAAACACUGGAGAUUUACACCUGUUUUAACUAAAAUGUCCCAUUUCUGACUGACCUGCUUACCAAAUUUGAAACCUGUUUUUUAAAAAAAGAAAAGAAUAAUCAAUCCAGCAACAAUAUGCUUUGCACUUAAGUACUUUGGAAAAACACAUUAUUGUAGCUAAUCUGUCUCUAUUCUUGCCUUGGCACAUGCUGACAUGCAAUUCAUUCUUCAAAUCAAAAAUGAAUGAUUGAAAAACAUUUUUGUGCUUUUACUGAUAAAACAAGCAUUGCCUAUUUUUCUUUAAAACGCCUUCAAAUUCAACUCUUGGUAGUGUCAUUAAGAAUAAAAAAAUAUUUUGCAAAUUCCAA